AUGCGCUUCCUGAGUGCUUUCGGUGCCGGUUGGCUAAUCGCCCACGUUUCAGCCAUCAGUAUCCGCAAUGACCUACAAGCGCAUCACCACCGUUCGCAUAGCCACUCCUUAACUCAACGAGCAGCUUGCUCUGGCAAUUCUGCAACGUCUCGUUCAACAUGGUGCGACUAUUCGAUAGAUACGGACUAUGCAACAAUCGUCCCUGACACGGGAGUAACUCGAGAAUACUGGCUCGAUUUGACAGAAGUAACGGUUGCACCGGAUGGAGUUUCCCGGAUAGCAAUGGCUGUGAACGGGACCAUCCCUGGUCCAACGUUAUUUGCCGACUGGGGCGAUACCGUAGUUGUACACGUUAACAACAAACUCGAAACCUCCCAGAAUGGAACUAGUCUCCAUUGGCACGGCAUCCGGCAAAACGGUACAAAUGAUCAGGAUGGAGUCUCAUCUAUAACACAAUGCCCUACUGCCCCAGGAAGCUCGACGACAUAUACAUGGCGAGCAACGCAGUACGGAAGCACUUGGUAUCACUCGCAUUUUGCACUUCAAGCUUGGCAAGGUAUCUUUGGUGGGCUCAUUAUCAACGGGCCAGCGACGGCAGACUAUGACGAGGAUCUGGGGAUGUUAUUUCUCAACGACUGGGAUCAUCAGACAGUCGAUGAGCUUUACAUGUCUGCUCAGAGUGAUGGGCCGCCUACUCUCGACAACGCUCUCAUAAACGGCACAAAUAUUUACGAAGAUGGCGGUCAUCGCUAUAACGUGUCUUUCACUGCAGGUUCAUCGUACAGGAUACGUCUGGUGAAUGGUGCUGUUGAUACCCAUUUCAAGUUCAUGAUAGAUAAUCACACAAUGACUGUGAUUGCAUCUGACUUGGUACCUAUUCAGCCGUACACCACAAAAGUCUUGGAUAUUGGCAUGGGUCAACGUUACGAUAUUAUUGUUACAGCCGACCAAGCAUCUACUGCAGAGAACUUUUGGAUGCGUGCGAUUCCUCAGUCUGCCUGCUCUGACGUCGAAAAUGCGAACGAUAUCCGCGGUAUCGUUUAUUACGGUUCUUCGCCCUCUACACCCUCUUCAUCAGCCUACAACUACACGGACAGCUGUGGCGAUGAGACAGACAACCUCAUUCCUUACGUUUCAAAAACAGUUUCACAACCAAACAGUACAAAAACUGAGAUUGCAUCUGUUGGCUUCAACACCGAAAACCUCUUCCGCUGGUAUCUGAACUCUACGUCUAUGGUGGUGAAUUGGGCAGAUCCGACAUUGCUACAAAUACUCAACGGAGAGACUUCUUUUACAGAAUCAAAUGCUGUGAUUGAGCUACCUAAUGCUGGAGAAUGGGUAUAUGUCAUAAUCGAGACUACCCUAGCUGUUCCGCAUCCUAUACACCUUCACGGACACGACUUCUUUGUCCUGGCACAAGGAUCCGGCGCCUACUCCUCCGACAUAGCUCUUCAGCUUGAUAAUCCUCCCAGGAGAGAUACAGCAAUGCUCCCUGCUUCUGGGUACCUUGUGCUGGCGUUCGAGGUCGACAAUCCUGGCGCCUGGCUAAUGCAUUGCCACAUAGGUUGGCACACCUCGGAGGGAUUUGCUUUGCAGUUUGUGGAACAAUACGACAAAAUUAAGAACAUAACUCACGCAGAUCAAGUGCAGCAAGAUUGUAGUAACUGGGCAAGCUUCCAAAGUAGCGCAAAUAUUGUUCAAGACGACUCUGGCGUCUAG